CCCGGAAAUCGGUGCGCAAGGCGCAGAGGCAGAAGCGCUCCCAGGGCUCGUCGCAGUUCCGCAGCCAGGGCAGCCAGGCGGAGCUGCACCCCUUGCCCCAGCUCAAAGAUGCUACUUCAAAUGAACAACAAGAGCUUUUCUGUCAGAAGUUGCAGCAGUGUUGUAUACUGUUUGAUUUCAUGGACUCUGUUUCAGACUUGAAGAGCAAAGAAAUUAAAAGAGCAACACUGAAUGAACUGGUUGAGUAUGUUUCAACUAAUCGUGGUGUAAUUGUUGAAUCAGCAUAUUCUGAUAUAGUAAAAAUGAUCAGUGCUAACAUUUUCCGUACUCUUCCUCCAAGUGAUAAUCCAGAUUUUGAUCCAGAAGAGGAUGAGCCCACACUUGAGGCCUCUUGGCCUCACAUACAAUUGGUGUAUGAAUUCUUCUUGAGAUUUUUGGAGAGCCCUGAUUUCCAGCCUAGCAUUGCAAAGCGAUACAUUGAUCAGAAAUUUGUACAACAGCUCCUGGAGCUUUUUGAUAGUGAAGAUCCCAGAGAACGUGACUUCCUGAAGACAGUUCUGCAUCGAAUUUAUGGGAAAUUUCUUGGAUUAAGAGCAUUCAUCAGAAAACAAAUUAACAACAUUUUCCUCAGGUUUAUAUAUGAAACAGAACAUUUCAAUGGUGUUGCUGAACUCCUCGAAAUACUAGGAAGUAUUAUCAAUGGCUUUGCAUUGCCACUGAAAGCAGAACAUAAGCAAUUUCUAAUGAAGGUUCUUAUUCCUAUGCAUACUGCAAAAGGAUUAGCUUUGUUUCAUGCUCAGCUAGCAUACUGUGUUGUACAGUUCCUGGAGAAAGAUACAACCCUAACAGAACCAGUGAUCAGAGGACUGCUGAAAUUUUGGCCAAAAACGUGCAGUCAGAAAGAGGUGAUGUUUUUAGGAGAAAUUGAAGAAAUCUUAGAUGUCAUUGAACCAACACAGUUCAAAAAAAUUGAAGAGCCACUUUUUAAGCAGAUAUCCAAGUGUGUAUCCAGUUCUCAUUUCCAGGUUGCAGAAAGGGCAUUGUACUUCUGGAAUAAUGAAUAUAUCCUUAGUUUAAUUGAGGAGAAUAUUGAUAAAAUUCUGCCAAUUAUGUUUGCCAGUUUGUACAAAAUUUCCAAAGAACACUGGAAUCCGACCAUUGUAACCCUGGUAUACAAUGUGCUGAAAACCCUAAUGGAAAUGAAUGGCAAGCUUUUUGAGGACCUUACUAGCUCAUACAAAGCUGAAAGACAGAGAGAGAAAAAGAAGGAAUUGGAACGUGAAGAAUUGUGGAAAAAAUUAGAGGAGCUAAAGCUAAAGAAAGCUCUAGAAAACCAGAACAGUGCUUUUAACAUGCACAGUAUUCUCAGCAAUACAAGUGCCGAAUAAAAAAAGCCUACCACCUCUGCCAGAUAGGCACAGUUUUGUACACUUUUUUGAAAUAUGUAAAAAUUACAAAACAAACCUCAUCAGUAUAAUAUAAUUAAAAGGCCAAUUUUUUUUCUGGCAACUGUAAAUGAAAAAUAUAUGGACUAAACAUAGCCCUGCGCUAUAUCAUGGCCACAGUAUAUUGUAACCAUUGUCUAAUCAUUGACUUAUUGUAUCACUUCUGAAGUUUCACAGAAAUGAAUAUUAUCUAUGAUAUGAGUGAGAUAAUUAUGGGAGUGGUAAGAAUUAUGACUUGAAUUCUUCUCUGAUUGUGUUGCACAUAGAUAUGGUAGUCUGCUUUGUAUAUUUUUUUCUUUUAUAAUGUGCUUUUUCACAUUGCUGCAGACCUUAGUUACAUCCUAGGAAAAAGAAUACUUCCUAAAAUAAAACUAAGGUAUCAUCCUUACCCUUCUCUUUGUUUGCCCAGAAAUAUGAUGGGGGGAGUUACAUGCCCUAAGCCCUCCCUCAUCAAAGAUAUGACUGUACUCUGGAAUUUGGGAAAAACCUUAAAUCUCCAGGCUUUUUAAAGCACAAAGUAUAAAUAAAAGCUGGGGAAGUAAACCAAAAUUCUCCAGAGUGUUCCUCCUGAGUGUCCCCUUCACCUGCAGCUCCCCAGAGUGAUGAACAGAUGUGCAGCGGCAUCAGGUGAAUACUCAGCUUGCCUCUCAAUUCAUUCCUCCUCCUGUCAAAGGCUGAAGGCAGGGCCUUUCCAGUCCUCACAACCUACCCUUCCCCCAGUGCCUCCUGAACCAGGGAUGUUGGCUUUGAGUCCCACAGUGUGGUGAUACAGAGCGCUAGUUGUCACUGCCUGGCUUUAUUUAAAGGAAAUGCAGUAGGCUUCCUCUGUAGAGUUCCGAAAGUUGAUGACUAUACAGAGGUCUUGUAUGUUUUUACUCGGUCAAGUAUUUCUCACAUCUUUUGUUAUCAGAGUACCAUUCCAAUCUCUUAACCUGCAGUUGUGUGGAAAACUGUUUUGUAAUGAAAGAUCUUCAUUGGGGGAUUGAGCAGCAUUUAAUAAAAUCUAUGUUUGUAUUUUGCCUUA